UGUUCCAAAGGGAGGAGGAUCUAGGAGCUCUCUUUGUCAACGCCUAUCGUAGCAAAAUGGAUCCCAUCCACAAACGCAUUCGUUACAGUGAAGGAGACGUUUAUGAAGGCCAAUGGAGUAGUGAGGGUAAAAGGGAAGGCAAGGGGAAGCUACAGAUGGCUACUGGUGAUCAUUAUAGUGGAGAAUUUACAAAUGGUUUCUUCCAUGGGCUGGGUGUGUUGGUACAUGCUGAUGGAAGCAAGUAUGAGGGCUCCUUUGAGCUAGGUAGAUACCAUGGGUACGGGAUCUACACAAAUUCAGAUAAAACUAAAUAUGAGGGUCAGUUUUUACAAGGAUCUGUCAAGGGUUUUGGUCUAAUCACGUUUGAAGAUGGUUCUCACGGGCAACCGAAGAAUGAGGGAAAGUUUGAAGGCUUUGAGCUAGUUCAGAGAUGCUUGGCUGCUACAGCAGUACAGAAAGCAAGGCAGUCUGCAGCUGACGCCAGAAGUAUGCAAAUGCAAUAGAAAUUCAACAAUGCAAUUUUUUAAUUCAGUCAUUUCUUAUUAAUCAUGAAUAUUCCCCUAUUCAUUAUUAUGAUCCUCCCAUCUCUGACAUUAGUAGUUAUUCUGUUUUUACAAAUCGAUUACACUCUUCAUUCUUUAUGUUCA